AUGGUCAUUGAAAUGGAGCCACGGGUGUAUCGAUGGUCCUCGGUCUUGUUGGCUGAACUCCCACAUGAUGUUGCUCAGGCCAUUGGUGUUUUGUUGGGGGAUGUUAUUGGAGUGGAUAAUCACGAUGGGUCCGAUUGUGUAAGGGAGAAGAUGGUGGAAUUCAAAUAUGAGUAUAUUCUUGAUUACUGCUUUGUCUCUAGGCGAUUAGGCCAUUCCACCCACAUAUGCAUUAAGAAAUAUAAAACUACACAUGGGCCUUUCACUCCGAUUUUGUGUGAUCAGUUGACCUCUGUAUUUGCUGAUUUGGAAGCUAGCCUCACUCAGGAUGAUGUUCCUCCUUUGGUACCACCUAAACCGACUCUGCCUGUGUCGGAUUUAGGACCUCUUACAAGGGAUAUUCCUUUUAGGAAGGUACCUUCUCACGCACCUCCUACCAUGUUGGGGGUGUGUCUCUUUUACAGGUUGUAG